AUGUCAGACUCAGAAGAUGGAGCCGGCGUGCCGCUCAUCGAGCCCGGAUUCCUAAGGUCGCCGUCUCCCGCGAACGGUGGGAAAAGGAAGAGAGAGGAUGACGUCGAGCCGAAGCAGAGCAAGCGGGCAGAGAAGAGAAAGAAUAAAAAGCCGAAGAACGCAGAGAAUGAGGACUUGAAUGAAGAGCUCGGCCUGAACUUGGCCAUCGGGCGUAUGGACAGCCAGCUGCUGGCUGAUUACAUGGCGCAAAGGACCAAGCGGUUUGAUCCUGAUCUUAGCAUGGUGGAGCUGGAGGACCGCUAUGUUCCAGAGAAAGCGAUUGUCGACACUAGCAGCUGGGAGCAGCAGAGAGACCUGGAACACCUUCCUGCUUUCUUAGAAAACUAUGCUAAGCGCAAUCUGAAGAAGACCUCAAAGGAGAAAGGUAGACCGCAUACGCUUGUCGUUGCUAUGGCUGGGUUGAGGGCCGCAGAUAUGGUCAGGGCUUUGAGGACGUUCGAAGAUAAGGGCGUCAAAGUCACGAAGCUCUUCGCCAAACACAUUAAGUUGCAGGAGGCGAUUGAGAAUUGCAAGAGGUUCAAGAUGAACAUCGGUGUAGGCACCCCAAAGAGAAUCAUUGAUUUGCUUGAUAACGGUGCCUUGUCACCCGAGAGCCUUGAGAGAAUCGUUGUGGAUGCGUCCCACAUCGACGUGAAAAAGCGCGGAAUCAUGGAGAAUCAAGAAGUGCAGAAAGAACUCGCUCAACUUCUGGCUCGCCCAGAGUUCAAGAGCCGAUAUGGCCAGCCCGAGAAGAAGAUCGAGGUGCUUUUCUAUUGA